AUGGAUGAAGACAACAGGACCUUGUCCAGUGACUUCACCCUCACAGGGCUCUUCACUCGCAGCAAAGCCUCAGGAUUCCUUUUCGGUGCCAUCUGUGCCGUCUUCUUCAUGGCCGUGAUAGCUAAUGGGGUCACAAUCUUCCUGGUCCACACAGACCCUCACCUCCACACCCCCAUGUACUUCCUCCUCAGCCACCUCUCCUUCAUUGAUGUGAUGUAUAUCUCCACCAUCGUGCCCAAGAUGCUGGCUGAUUAUUUUGUGGGCAAGGGGACUAUCUCCUUCAUUGCCUGUACAGCCCAGUACUUUCUCUACAUGGGCUUUGUGGGGGCUGAAUUCUUCCUGCUGGGGCUCAUGGCCUACGACCGCUACGUGGCCAUCUGCCACCCUCUCCACUAUCCCAUCCUCAUGAGCCGGCGGGUCUGCUGGAUGAUCUUGGCCAGUUCCUGGCUUGGUGGUGCUUUGGACAGUUUCCUCCUCACCCCCAUCACCAUGAGUCUCCCAUUCUGCGCCUCUCACAAGAUCAAUCACUUUUUCUGUGAGGCACCCACUAUGCUGAGGCUGGCCUGUGGGGACAAGGCCGCCUACGAAAUGGUGAUGUACGUUUGUUGCGUCAUGAUGCUGCUGAUCCCCUUCUCUGUGGUGAUUGCGUCCUACACCCGGAUUCUCAUCACAGUGCAGCAGAUGAAGUCGGCAGAAGGGAGGAAGAAGGCCUUCGCCACCUGCUCAUCACACGUGAUCGUGGUGACUCUGUUCUAUGGGGCUGCCUUGUACACGUACAUGCUUCCCAGAUCCUACCACACCCAGAUCAAAGACAAGGUCUUCUCUGCCUUUUACACCAUCCUCACCCCCCUGUUAAACCCUCUCAUCUACAGUCUGAGGAACAGGGAUGUGAUAGGGGCCUGGAGGAGGGUUAUGGCAAGAUGCCUAGGGGCCUGUGAAGUGACAGGCUAA